ACUGGUAUAAAAUUUCGACCAAUAGACAUAUUGUAAACCACUUGGGAGUAUUAUCCUGUUAACUCAUUGGCUACACUAUUUUGAUAAACAUGAUACUGCAAUUGAGAGAAGCUUAUCAUUAAGAUCCGGGUUCAAGAAAGUUCUCACGUCAUUACAACAGGAAUAAAAUGGAUGUGCAAGUCGUGUUAUGCGGUUUUAUGCUGUUUGGCAUAUUACAUGUCGCUAGACUACGUUCCAUAGAUCAAAUUAUUGAAGAUGUAGAAACCGAUUAUAAAAAAGACUACACUGGACCGACGAGCAAGUUCCCAUCUAGAGUCUGGUACGACUACGCAGUUGAGGGGCGUACAGAAGAGCUGGUUAAGCUUCAACUUGACCUUAUAAUGACAAAAGAAUUGUGGGAUACCGUCAUUGACACAGAAGAUGCACUCCCAACAAGAAACAAGAGAAACGCCGUGAAAGAUAAAGCACGAUUAUGGCCACGAAGGAUCCCAUAUAUUCUGAAUGAUGGAUUCAAUAUCAGUGACAAGUUCAAACUUCUAAUGGCCAUGGACCACUGGGAAGAGCAUACAUGUCUUGAUUUUGUAGAAGCAAACAAAACUAAAGAUCAUGACUAUAUCGAGUUUGUGCCUAUUCCAUACGGGUGCGAGUCUUUUCUUGGUAGAAUGCAGGGUAGGCAGCCCAUAAACCUAGCACCACCAUGCAUGUAUAAAGAGGUGAUUGUGCACGAGAUAGGACACGCGCUUGGAUUAUAUCACGAGCAUAUGCGAGCAGACCGUGAUAAUCACGUGACAAUCCAUUAUAAUCACAUUAACGAAACCAAUCAUCGACAGUUUGACAAGUUGAUGGCCAUGUCCUAUGACAGUUAUAACAAACCCUAUGAUUAUGAGAGCAUAAUGCAUUAUGGGAAACUGUUUUUUUCAAUGAAUCGCACAGCUGAUCUUAUAACGAUCGAACCCAAGGACGCGGCAUAUUUGGACGUCAUUGGAGAGGCGCCUUCACUCAGUUUCUAUGACGUCAAAAUCGUCAGCGAAAUGUACGAUUGUUCAGCUGGGUGCACGCACAAGGUUUGUCCUGGAAACGGAUUUCUUGGCAAAAACUGUGAAUGUUAUUGUACUGGCAAAGAUGCAUAUGAUAUAGUUCUGUGCGAGAAAACAGAAAAUUGUGGUAAGCCAAAUAUUAGUUUGUCGGAGUACAUAGUGUCAACGAAUAAUGAUAUCCACAAUAUAACAUCCUGGGAAGAAGAAGCCUCUUCUUUCCCUCACGGUACAUCUUUUAUGGUGAAACACAAAAACGUAAGCUGCGGCUAUAGAACCGCAUCUUUCGACUGUUCAGACGGUCAAUGGGAGGGAAUACUUCCUGCUUGUGAAAAAGCGUGCUUUUUAGAGGAUUAUAGUGCUGAAUAUAUUGUGAGAGACAGGGAUAAUUAUAAGAUUUUGAGAGCGGGAGAUCAGGUGCUGUCGGCAGACUGGAUUACCGUCACCUGUAAUAACGAGAGAAAGGAUGAAGACAAUUCGGAAAAGUAUAUUGAUUGUUUUGAUGGUGUAUGGGAUAGGAAUAUAUCCGACGUGUUCUGUAUUAAAGAGCAUCCUUUUUGUCCAAUGGUUGUAAAUUCGCAAUUAUCCGGUUCAUUUGAUGACGGGUUUAACGUCAGAUGUUUGGACGGCUAUGAACUGAAAGCUGAAGGGGAACCAGGUAACACCUUCACGUGCUCUUGGGAGGGAGCAUGGGAACCAGUCACACCGGUGUGUAACCCAGCAAGCUGUGCUAUACCCCAAUCGAAGAACAAUCCAGGAGAACUUUAUAACGAAGAUGGAGACAAAGUACUGAGGGGCUCAGAGAUUCCACACGGAAGUGACGUCACACUCUUUUGUCCUGAAAGUCACGAACCAGACCAAGUAGCAUUUUCUUGCCAGUACGGAAAAUGGAGUACCCCGGAUGGAAAAGUUCCAGAAUGCGUUCCAGCAAGCUGUUUUAUACCCCGGUCGAGGAACAGUCCAGGAGAACUUUACAAUGAAGAUGGAGGCGAAGUACACAUGGGCUCAGUAAUUCAACACGGAAGUGACGUCACACUCUAUUGUCCAAAAGGUCACGAACCAGACCAAGUAACAUUUUCUUGCCUGUACGGAAAAUGGAAUACUUCGGAUGAAAAAAUUCCAGAAUGCAUUCCAGCAAGCUGUUCUAUACCCCGGUCGAGGAACAGUCCAGGAGAUCUUAACAAUGAAGAUGGAGACAAAGUACUGAUGGGCUCAGAAAUUCCACACGGAAGUGACGUCACACUCUCUUGUCCAGGAGGUUACGAACCAGACCAAGUAACAUUUUCUUGCCAGUACGGAAAAUGGAAUACCCCGGAUGGAAAAGUUCCAGAAUGCGUUCCAGCAAGUUGUUCUAUACCCCGGUCGAGGAACAGUCCAGGAAAACUUUACAAUGAAGAUGGAGACGAAGUACAGAUGGACUCAAAAAUUCCACACGGAAGUGACGUCACACUCGAUUGUCCUAGAGGUCAUGUGCCAGACCAAGUAACAUUUUCUUGCCAGUACGGAAAAUGGAAUACCCCGGAUGAAAAAGUUCCAGAAUGCGCUCCAGCAAAUUGUUCUAUACCCCGGUGGAAGAACAGUCCAAGAGAACUUUACAAUGAAGAUAGAGAGGAAGUACAAAUAGGCUCAGAAAUUCCACACGGAAGUGGCGUCACACUCUAUUGUCAAAAAGGUCACGUGCCAGACCCGGUAACGUUUUCUUGCCAGUACGGAAAUUGGAAUACCCCGGAUGGAAAAAUUCCAGAAUGCGUUCUAGUAACGUGUCCGAAGCCAACGAUUGUUGACGCCAUGUACAAGCCGAAGCAAGAGGAAUACAUCUAUGGUGACAAGGUCAGGAUUUUACGAUGCAAAGGAAUUCUUACUCUGGAAGGAAGUCGGGAACUAGAAUGUCAGAAAUUCGGAAACUGGUCUGAUACGGCAGUUUGCAAACCGUUUUGCGAAGACGGUGAGGUAGAAUUCAAGGCCAUUAAAAACAAUGAAUUCAUAAAAGGCGUAUGGCAUAGAAAAUUCGGACUGUCAUCAUACAGCGCGUGUGAGAAAAGAUGCAGGCGUUUUAAAAGCUUUCUGUGCGCGUCGUUUGUAUAUGGAACUGACAAAGGACGACACUUCUGUCGCAUUCAUCCACAGAGUCCAGAUGAAUAUGAAGCAUAUGUACAGAAGCGGACAUUCUGGACGAUAGGGAAGCGAGAAUGCAUCCGUAAUUAACGCUGCUUCGGGUGAUUGGUGGAGUUUCUAUUUUUAGUAUUAGGAUAUAUCGACAAGUUCUCAAAUUUUUGUUUUGAACAUUAUAUAUAAGUGCCCAUUUAUAUAAGUGUCCAUUUGGUAUUGUUCUUCUAUUCUUUAGGUAACACACAGUCGGAAAUUUCCGUUUUAUUCCGUAUUCUCCGAAUGCAAAUUUGGCAUUCUUCGGUAUUUUCCGGUAUCAAUCCGAAAGCCAGGUGCCCGUAGGAACUACAUUUACGGUCAGAGAAUGCCGAAAUAUCAGACAAGAAUACGGAAUCGGACGAGUCCAGUUUUUAUUAUUUCCGAGAAAUUUUACAUUUUACAAGGAAAAAUAUCGUUAUAUAUAGAUAACAGUUAUGAUGUGUUAAGAUGAAAAGAUGCUGCGCUUGCUGUUAAAGAUAACUGAUAAUAAUGAAGUACACCUAAAAUAUGUAAAAGUUGUGACGUCGAUUAAUUCUGUUCUGAACCUCAUCUUUUGUUUUGCGAGGAAACACAGAUUAGUGACAAGUUUUGCGGAAAUCGGAAGCAUACCAUUUUUUCUCUUGUUAAUUUGCCUGGUACGUACACUUGUUAAGUUGCCUGGUACGUACACUUGUUAAUUUGCCUGGUACGUGUACGUUAAAUAAGUUAUUGACUGACAGGUCAGAUGUUUGUGUAUCGCUGUACUUAUUAAAUGAUGUGUUCUUUGCAUAUGUCAGCAUUUUUUCCGCAUUAUGGGUCUUAGUAAAUAAUCCACAUUGUAUAAAGUAGCAUAUUUUCAUUUCACAAUCCGUAGUAAAUUGUCGGUAUUAUACGGAUUUGUAAUAUACCUGUAUUUCACAUUACUAAAAUAACUGUCAUCAGAAAGUUUCGCUUCUAUCACUGUACUUAUUGAACUGUCGACAGAUAUUUUUACUUCUCAGUAUGUAUUGAACUGCCCCUAUUGUCCCAUUCUCUGGUAUUUUCAAAUUACUUUUAUGUAUUAAAUUACCCACACUGAACAAUGUACAGAUGUUUUUUUUUAUUUACAAUUAAAUGAACAGCAUUUUAUGAUCACUUCGUAUUUCUCCUUACAAAAUAAAGGCGAUUCAUGGA